AUGCACUACACGGACUCAAGCGUCUCUCUCCGGAGCGGCCCAGACUCGGAGCCCCAGACGCUGGGACAGUCCAGCCGCCGACCACCCCCGCCACGCGCGGGCCACGACUCUCCCCGCAGGACCCGCCCACCGGCGCGGGCACGCCCGAGCGGCGCCGCCCCGAAGCCGAUGCGCCCCCAGCCCCGCGGCUCCCGGGGGAACCUGCAGACCCUCCCGCCUGGCCCUGGUCCCCCGCGACUGGUGCCUGGAGGCCUCAAACCCAGCGCGCCCCGCCCUCUGUGCCAGCCCCAGCCCGGAGCCCACAGGACAAGGCACAAGAAGAUCGUAUUUGAGGAUGAACUGCCCUCCGGGGCCCUCCUGGGCGCCAAGAAAUCUGUUAGAGCCGUCCCCGAGAGACAUGUGCCUAGGCCCCACCCCGUGCCUGACUAUGAGCUUAAGUACCCACCAGUGAGCAGUAAGAAGCAUCGGAGCUGCUAUGCUGCGGUAUUCCAGGACCAGUACCCAGAGUUCUUGGAGCUCCAGCAGGAGGUGGGCUCUACACAGGCGAAGCUCCAGCAGCUGGAGGCCCUGCUCAACUCACUGCCCCCACCCCGAAGCCAGAAGGAGGCCCAUGUUGCCGCCCGUGUCUGGAGGGAAUUUGAGAAGAAGCAGAUGGACCCCAGCUUCCUUGACAAGCAGGCUCGCUGCCACUACCUGAAGGGCAAACUGAGGCACCUGAAGACGCAGAUUCAGAAAUUCGAUGACCAAGGAGACAGCGAGGGCUCUGUGUACUUCUGAGUGGCAAACAGGCAGAGGGAAACAUUGGAGUGGCGGUUCCACCCUGCCCUGCUUCUCUUCCUACCUCCUGGCAUUAGCUCUUGGUAAGGGAUGGUGCCUAGGGUAGCCAUCCCUGAUUUCAAAUGCCUUCGCCUUUGAGGCUGAGAUCUGACAGCCGCUCCUCCAGGACCCCCAUGGAGAUCCCAGAUCUCAGCCCGUCCCCUGGAAGCAGGUCUGCUCACCAUCCCAGUGGAAUAAACACUUAUUGAAUAC